CUUUCGCGCGCUUGAAAUGGCCCGAAUGCUAAAAUUUAUCUACCAUAUUUCUAAAGGUGACUUACAUUUUCUCUUUCUGGUUUUGAAGUAACUGUUUAAAUAUAUUUUGGCGGCUGAUCUCUCCUUACAAUAUUCUAUUAUUUUAGUUUAUGCCAUGCCUAAAAGGAAACGUAAUAGUACCUGGUACCGACAUUUAAAGCAAGAAAACGACGAAAUUUAUAAAGAUGUCUUUUGUGCCAACCAUUCCUGUCGCCCGAUCACAGAGCAUACGAAAAAUGAGGAAAAUACUGAUCCUGGAUGUAUAAAUGAUAAUGUGUAUUACAAUUCAGGCUUAAGUGAAAGUGUAAGUGAUCUUAAUUUGAUCUUAAAUGAGGAUGACAGUACAGCUGAACUUGAAAUUAAUAAUUUAAGCCAAAGCGACAGUAGCUGUAGCUAUAGCUUUUAUGAAUCAGAAUCUGAUUCCUCCAGCAAUAAUGAUCGCAGACCUGAGUCUUUGGUAGCUGCUCAACCAGCUGUAGAAUUUAAAAGUGUGAAUACUAUUGAUAAAUUAAGAGAUUGGGUCGUUACAACUAAAUUACCUUCUUUUGCUUUGAAAGAUUUAUUGGAAGUUUUGUCAAAUGCAAAAACUGAAGAUUUUAUUGGAUUGCCUAAAGAUCCGCGAACAUUUUUAAGAACCCCUAAAAAAAUAACCACUCGUAAAGUAUCACCGGGUGAAUAUUAUCAUAUUGGGAUCCAAAAUUCUAUUGAAAAUCUAUAUAAGAACGAAAAGCCAUCCGAGGAAAUAAUUGUUAUAGGUAUUAAUAUUGAUGGAUUACCGCUGGCAAAAAGUUCUUCGAGUCAAGUUUAUCCCAUAUUGGGAGUAAUUAAUUUUAAAGGGGAAAAAAAUGUAUUCCUGAUAGGUAUUUACCAUGGCUAUGAAAAGCCAAAAGAUUUUAAUGAAUUUUUAUUGGAUUUUGUUCAUGAAGCUACAGAUCUUAUCACAAACGGUUUAAAAAUUCAUCAAAAAAUUUACCAGUUUAAAAUAUCAAUGUUUUUAUUUGAUGCUGUGGCGAAAUCUUCUGUUUUAUAUAUCAAAGGCCAUUCAGGGUACCAUUCCUGCUCAAAGUGCACACAAGAGGGGGAUUAUAUACAAGACCGAGUUUGUUUUCCCGAAUUCAAAUUCACAAAGAGAACCCAUGAGAGCUUUGUUACAAAAAUGUAUCCAGAACAUCAUACAGGUACUUCCAUCUUAUUAACCAUACCCAAUAUUGAUAUAAUAACCGACGUGCCAUUGGAUUACAUGCAUCUCGUGUUGUUGGGAGUCGUUAAAAAACUACUUUGUGGUAUUUGGUGUACAGGUCCACCACCUCACAAGUUUUCAAGUUUGCAGAUUAAAAAUGUUUCUGAUCUUUUGGAAAAUUUAAAAUCUUUUAUACCGAGUGAAUUUGCAAGAAAACCCCGUAGCCUUAAGGAAGUAAAGCGUUGGAAAGCAACUGAGUAUCGACAAUUUUUCUUGUACACUGGGCCAGUUGUAUUAAAAAAUAAUCUUCCUAAGUAA